CUCUUUUACAUCAGGCUUCCCAGAAUCAGGUUUGAGUGACACAGAAAACAUGUCACAACACCAGCACAAGUCAGCCACCCAAAGGGUGACUCUGGUGAUCUUCUUCACCUGUGUCACAAUGGUUCUGUACAGUUUCUCUACACCGUAUCUCCAGGCCAGCCCACGGAGACUUCCAAGAGCUGUUCCAUGUACACAUCAAACAAUCCCUAUACAAAAGAGGGAAUUUCCCCAUGCUUCCAAAGGCCCAAGGGAAGUGAAAAGUUGCAAGCCAAAAGUGGACCUGAUGUUCCUAAAGACGCACAAGACAGCCAGCAGCACCAUCCUAAACAUCCUCCUCCGCUUUGGGCAGCGGAAUCAUCUGAAGUUUGCUCUCCCCAACAGUCGCAAUGAUUUCUUCUACCCAUCUCGUUUUGUUCGCACGCAGGUGAAGGAUUAUGUCCCAGGCGUGUGCUACAAUAUAAUUUGCAACCACAUGCGUUUCAACGCGGAAGAGGUGGAGGCGCUUCUUCCAAACGACGCGUUCUUCUUCACAAUCCUCAGAGAGCCAGCGAUGGUGUUCGAGUCGUCGUUCCACUACUUCAAGAAGCUUGUGCCCCUAACAUGGAUGAUUCGUGGAGAGGACAAACUGACAGUGUUUCUGAGCGACCCCAACCGCUACUUCACCACAGAUGGAUUCAACGCAUUCUACCUAAAGAACGUACAGUUUUUUGACCUUGGGUAUGACAAUAAUUUAAACCCGGAAGACCCGAUAGUGGAGCAGGCCAUCCAUGCGAUUUCGGAUCGCUUCCAGUUAAUUUUAAUUGCAGAAUAUUUUGAGGAAUCUCUCAUCCUGCUGAAAGACGCCCUCUGCUGGGAGACAGACGAUCUGCUGUUUUUUAAAUUGAACGCUCGCAGGAGCACCAGCGUGGCCCAGCUCACGCCUGAGCUGAGAGCCAAGGCCCACGAGUGGAAUAGUGUAGACUGGAAGCUCUAUCGUCACUUCAAUGCCACCUUCUGGGCCAGAGUGGACACCUACGGCAGGAAGCGGAUGGAAAGGGACGUGAAAGAACUGCGUAGAAGGAACAUGGAGAUGUCCACCAUCUGUAUUGACGGCGGGAUGGCAGUGGAGGAGCGAGACAUAAGGGAUGAAAGCAUGAAGCCCUGGCAGCCUGUGGGAGAAAACUCUAUUUUAGGAUACAAUCUGAGGACCAACAUUGACCAGCAGUACAGCGAGCUCUGCCGUAAAAUGCUCAUGCCUGAGAUACAGUACUUAACAGAACUUGGAGUCAAUCUGUGGCUCACCCAAUUGUGGAGCUGGUUCAAAUAUUUUUUAGCAUUAUAA